AUGAAUCCCGACGACUACGAUUUGAGUACAUCGGAUGGCUGCAGACGGGCCUUGACUCGAGCCUUGUUCGAUGCCGUUAAUGAAGCCAAGGCGGAAUGCUUGGCACAAAUGCAGCGGGAGCAGGCGGCGGCGGAGGCGCGGGUCCCUCGCCCGAUACGACGUCGGACGUUUGUCCCCCGCGAGCACAACGUAGCGCACGAACGUCUGUUCGCAGAUUAUUUUGUCGAGAAUCCAAGGUGGGGCCCGAAUGUUUUUCACCGCCGUUUUAGAAUGAGCCGAGAUCUUUUUCUCCGCAUUGUACACACGUUGGAGGGCCGUGAUGAGUACUUCCAGUAUCGGGAAGACGGGAUCGGUAGACCCGGACUUACGCCGUUGCAAAAGUGCACGGUUGCGAUCCGCCAGUUGGCCUACGGCACAACAGCGGAUAUGUUCGACGAGUACCUUCACGUCGGGGAUACAACUGGUCGCGGAUGUCUCAAGACUUUUUGUAAGUUAGUUGUGGAGGCUUUUGGCGACACAUAUUUGCGACGCCCGACUGCUGACGAUUGCCAGAGCCUGAUGCGGAUGCAUGAGACGGUGCACGGCUUCCCUGGGAUGCUAGGGAGCAUCGACUAUAUGCACGGCAGUGGAAGAACUGCCCGACGGCCUGGAGAGACGAUCAGCUGCCCAAUUGGUGAGAGGAGAGUCUUGUUUGCGGCAAAGCAGGAGUCCGCGCGGAAGGAUGUGGAGCGGGCUUUUGGGGUGCUCCAAUCGCGGUGGGCAAUCGUGAAAGGUCCGGCGCGUUUCUGGUACAAGGACGUCAUCGCCGACGUCAUGUAUGUGUGCAUCAUCAUGCAUAACAUGAUAGUCGAACAAGAACGUGGCCAUGUCACCAAUUGGGUGGAUGAUGAAGCCGGAUCUAGCUCCAGCACGGCGACCUCGCUAGUCACUCGAGGAUUACCGACUGGCUUCGGUGUGGUUCUAUAG